AUGAGUUGGAUUGACGUGCCAGACCCUCCUCAGGAGCAGGCGGCCGAGAUCAAGUGCCACGGACAGUGGCCAAGCGAUGCAGAUUUUCUUGUCGGUGCGGGAUAUGCUUCAUGCGGUCAGCACACAGAGUCCAGCUUCUUGCGCCGAGUGGCCUGGGCUUACGUCGUAUUCCAGCCCUUCUCCCUCGCCAGCCCGACGCCCAAGCUCGACUUGGCGAAACAGUCGGCAGGAGACGGGGCUGCCGCUGCUGGGGGAGCUCUGGAUGCCCCCGGGGCGCGCUGGGAGUACGUGCUCAAGGACGAGGCGCGCAGGUGCUUCGCCGGCCACCUGCGAGCGCCCCUCUCGCGGCAGCGGCGGGCGGAGUUCUUCCAGGCGGCGCGCGACGGCACGGCCUGGGCACGGCCCCGCGACAUGCCCCGCGCCACGGCGUGGAUGGUGGCCAGGCAGGGCCGCACGUGCACGAUCUGA